GUUGUAGCGUGUAGCGUGUAAGUGGCAAGUUCAAGACCAUUUACAACAAACCCCAUCAAUGCACAACCGCAUUCAAUUACCAUUUAUACCAGACCGAAUCAACACGCAUUUGUCCUGAGAAUCGCAGUUGUAUGCUGGACAGUGCUUAAUUCAUUACCGCCUUCUGUCGCGCUUGUGGUAACUGUUAUUAAUAAUUACCUUGGAAUUUUGUUUUGCGCAUGAGUGACGUGUCGUGCACAUAAUUGCCGAGAAUGAGUGUCCGCAACUGCAACGGCUCCGUGGUCAGCUGCAAGAAGACGCCGGUGACCUCGUCGGGAUCGGGAUCGGGCUCCCCUCCGAAGAAGGCCUUCUCCAUCGACUCCAUCAUCAACUCCGACUCCGGCGCCAAACGCUUCUGCCCCGAUAACCGUCGCCAGUCGCCCUCGCCGUCGAUGGCGCCGGGCCACCGCUCGCACAGCACCUGCAGCGCCACCUCUAACACCUCGCCGACCCCCUCGGCCGCCUCGCCGCCCACCACCCGCCCCUCCCUGUACACUCCCACGGCCCACAGCCUCGGCGGCGGCAACGGCCCCUUCCCGGCCGGCCCCGGCUCCUUCAUGGACAACUUCAGUUUAGCCGCGGCGGCCGCCAUGGCCGCGCACGCCUCGGGAGCGGCGGCGGUGGCGGCGGCCGCGGCGGGUCAUAUGCCGCACCACCCGGUCAACGCGCUCUUCGGCGCGGGACGCUACGGCGGGCAGCCGUUGCCGCCCGGGCCGGACGCCUUCCCGCUCAACUCCUGGAUGAACAUGGGCCUCGGACCGCGGCCGAUGCUGGGCCACCUGGGACUGGGAUUAUCGCCCGGACCGGGGCUGCAUCUCGGGAUGAACCGCAUCUUCGCGCCGGUGCACCCGCCCGGACACGGACCACCGGGACUGUCAGAAUCGGCGGCGAUGGCGCAGUCGAUGGGUUUCCUGUACCAUCCCUACCGCAAGCCGAAGCGCAUCCGCACGGCCUUCUCGCCGUCGCAGCUGCUGCGACUGGAGCACGCCUUCGAGAAGAACCACUACGUGGUCGGCACGGAGCGCAAGCAGUUGGCGCAGAACCUGGCACUGACGGAAACGCAAGUGAAGAUAUGGUUUCAGAAUCGGCGAACGAAGCAUAAGCGGCUGAAGAGCGACGGCAGCGUCGACAAGGACGGCGACGCCGACGUGGACGACGAGCCGGAAGAGGACUCGGAGGUGGAGCUGGAGGACGACGACGUCGACGGCGGCGCGGUGCUGGAGCCGCCACCGGCGGGGGACGCCGACGCGUCCAGCUGUUGCCGGACGUCGCCCAGCCUGGCCCAUCACCGCCACAAAGACCGCUCGCGCCACAGCGUCCACGUUGACGAGGACGCCGGGAACGGGAAAGAAGCCGUCGCCGUCGCCGUCAGUGACGCCGACCGAUCUCAGCCAGCUGACCGACCGGAAAAGACCUCACCGUCCAGAGAACCGGACGCCCACCGCCACGGCGGCACUCUCCAGGACGGCGAGCGUCCCGGCGGGUUCCCUGCGUUUCCCUUUUCGGAGCCGGCGGCGCCGCAUCCCAACUUCUUCGCCGCGGCGGCGGCGGCGCUCCCGCGUUCGGCGCACUCCAACUUCGCGCCGUAUACGCCCACUUCCGGCGCGGUGCACCUCCCGGCGCCACCGUCCGCGGACGCCUACCACCCGGACACCGCUGCCCCGCGCAGUGCCACGCACCACCACGCGAUUCUCAGCAGCAAAACCAAACGGAAGUAAAUUUCUCUAUUCUUCUACGCCUGUUGUUAAAGGUGUAUAGUAUACGCAUUUGUGGGAAAAAUAAUUCGAAUGAUGCUUUCCCUGGUUAAUCUGACUGCAUCGACCGGCGCAACAGUGUUAAUCACGUCAAGUGCUGCAAUGAUGCAGAUUGUAUUCCCUGUGCAUGAGUGCAGUAUAUACGAGUGUAUUCUGUGCAUUUCCGAGCAAUGA